AUGGGCCCACCAGGACCUAUGGGUUUAGGGGGUGGUAUGGGUCCCGGCGGUAUGGGCCCCGGAGGAGGCAUGGGCCCAGGAUUUGGUAUGGGUCCAAGAGGUGGUAUGGGUCCCGGAGCCGGUAUUGAAGAUAUGGGCCCACUGGCGAGACCGCCUGCUCGCAUAGGUCCUAAUGGUGCAUUCCAGAGCUCAGAAGAUAGUGACGCCGGUUCUGGUGGUAGGGGACCUGUAGGUCCGGGCGGUGGUAUGGACCCCAUAAAUCCAGCACGUGGUAUGGCUCUAUUGGGUCCAAGGGGUGCCAUGGGGCCAGGCCGUGGUAUGCGUCCACGGGGUAGAAUGGGUCCCAGCGGUCCAAUGGGUCGUGGUGGCCAUAUGGGUCCAAAUGGACCUAUGGGUCCAAAUGGACCUAGGGGUCCCGGUGGUCCUAUGGGUCCCGGUGGUCCUAUGGGUCCCGGUGGCCCUAUGGGUCCCGGUGGCCCUAUGGGUCCCGGUGGCCCUAUGGGUCCAAAUGGACCUAUGGGUCCCGGUGGCCCUAUGGCUCCUGGUGGUCCUAUGGGGCCCAAUGGUCCUAUGGGUCCUAUGGGUCCCGGUGGCCCUAUGGGUCCCGGUGGCCCUAUGAGUCCUGGCGGUCCAAUGGGGCCCAAUGGUCCUAUGGGUCCCAAUGUUCCUAUGGGUCCUGGCGGUCCUAUGAGGCCUGGCGGUCCUAUGAGGCCUGGCGGUCCUAUGAGGCCUGGCGGUCCUAUGGGGCCCAAUGGUCCUAUGGGUCCCAAUGGUCCUAUGGGGCAUAAUGGUCCUAUGGGUCCCAAUGGUCCUAUGGCUUCAGUGGGCCCAGAUGGCAAUAUGCGGUCCAGCGACCUAACGGGUCCUGGAGGUUUCAGUGGACUAGGGAAUCCGGAUAAACUCGGAGUCGAAAACGGAGUCCUUGCAUCGGGGAAAGGCUCACCAGACCCACUGAUCGGUGGAGACUAUGGUGGAGAAAACGUGCCACCAGAAAUUGGACCUAACUUUCCUGGGAAUCCGAAUCAUCCCCCAAAAUCACAAGGACGUAACAUCCAAGGUCCAUGGGGACCUAAAAGACUAAAUGAACCUGGUAGAGCUGAUGGACCUGGUGGACCUUAUGGACCUGGUGAACCAAACAGGCCUUAUGACCCGAAUAAUCCAUAUGAUAACCCUAACUACGCCGGUACUCCGCCAGGCUAUGCUGAACCACCGAAAGGACAACCUCCCUAUGGACCUGGUGGACCUUAUAGACCUGAUCGUCCUUAUGGACCUGGUGGACCUAACGGACCUGGUGGACCUAAUGGACCUGGUGGUUCAAAGAAGCCUUAUGACCCAAAUAAUCCAUAUGAAAACCCUAACUACGCAGGUCUUCCGCCAGGCUAUUCUAGACCACCGAAAGGAGGACCUCCCUAUGGACCUGGUGGCCCUAACGGACCUGAUCCAUUUUAUGUCCCCGGUCGACCUUAUGGACCUGGUGGACCUUAUGGACCUGGUGGACCUAACGGACCUGAUCGACAUUAUGAACCUGGUCGACCAUAUGGACCUGGUGGACCGGAUAAUCCUGGCAGCCCGGCGGACUACCGACCAGAAGACUAUGAUAAACCAACGAAAGGAGGAACUUUCGGUUUUGGAACCGAGGAUCAACCUACGGAAAGUGACAUUUUUGGAUACAAACCUGAAAAAGAAAAGGAUUUCUUUUCAGGCAAACCUUUUCAAUACAGUCCACUAGACACAAAAUCGACAUAUAAACCGACAAAUAAAGGAAGUACUAACAAAUCUCAAAAUAGUCCGGUUAGCACAUUAAAAUACAGAGGACUCCGUUCUAGCACCGACACUACUUCAACUGAUACUACUACUAUUUCUGUUACCACUACCGAUGCGGCUACUAUUAAUAGCGACUCUACUACAGAUGUUACUGAUGACUAUGCAAAUACAACUACAUUUAGCAUAGACCCUAAAUACGUCAUUAUCUCCACAACAGCACCUAAUACGCGGUUUCCCAUGACGACCACCAUAGACCCUCUAGGGACCCUGGAUCCUGUACAGCCAGAUCCAAAUGACUAUGGUACUGUGGACAGCAACGCGCCAUCCAAAAUGACAGUACUCGUUCAUCCCUUGAUUUAUGAUUACGUCACCAACGCCACGCUUAAUGAGUAUGAGAGACUUUCCAGCAUGAUAGCAGGUUUGUAA